CAGAGUUUUUGCACACUGUGCCAUUGUUCAUGAAGACCUGCAGAGGACAAGGUGUGGAGAAUUUGAGCUUCUUCAGCAGGGAGUGUAUCAGGAACCUCAGAGAUGUCAUCAGAGAAGAGCGUGCCUCGAGAGGCUGAACUCCAGGUAGAAAUGAAGAAAACGCAGGUCAGCCAAAUCGUUCACUUUACUGAGAACACCAGACUAGUAUCCAGCUCAGAGAGAACUCUGGACGCUACACCCAUCGUCCCAAACCCUCAAGACCAGGACAAACCUCAGGGUCCAGCAGACACGUCAUCUGUCAUCUCCACUCCUCUGGACUCUACAGUUCCUGAGGAUCCAACAAACAGUCCAUCCACUGCCCCCGCAUCUGUGUCCCCUCCUGGAGAGAUAAAGAUAGACUCAGUAGAUAUUGACUCUGUCUGUCUGAGCUGGGGAAGACCUGGCAAUAUGGAUGGGAUCCCACACAGCUUUUACAUUAUCUACGCUAGCUCUGAUGAGAGUGACCAAGAUAUGACCACUACUGCACCCUCUAAUUUUACUGUCAUCUCUGAGCUGAGACCUGGGAGAGAGUACAGCUUCACAGUCACCACAGAGCUGGAGAAUGGGAUCCAGAGCACUCCUGUUUCAGCAGCUGUCUGCACAAAACCAUCUCCUCCUGGACAGAUAAAGAUAGAGUCAGUAGGAAGUGACUCUGUCUCUCUGAGCUGGGCCACUCCUCUUGGUAUAGAUGGGAUCCCACACAGCUUUAAAAUAACUUUCUGCCGCUCUGAUGAGAGUGACCAAGACACGACCACUGCAGUCUCCAAUUCCACUGUCAUCUCUAAGCUGAGACCUGGGAGAGAGUAUAGCUUCACAGUCACCACAGUGCUGGAGAAUGGGACCCAGAGCACACCUGUUUCAACAUCUGCCUGUACAAAAACAUCUCUAGAAGAUGUGUUGUGCAAGCUGGGACUGGAGAACUGCUUCCCAGGCAGGAUUACAUUGAGUACUGUCCUUGAGAUCGGAUCAGAGAGUAUUACUGAUGAACCAAUUCAGUCACUAAAGAAACUUCCCUGGUGCUUUCUGAAAAGACUAAUGAUGGUAAAUGUGACAGCUCGGAGUACCAAGUGCAGUGCUGCUGAGACAGAUACAGACUCGGCAUUGCAAGACCUUGAUAGUGUUCUUGAACUUAUAGCUAGUAAUGAUGAUCAAGAGAGUAAUACAAUCAAUCCACUUGAUCUCAUAACAGCACUCUUUCUGUGCUCAGAUAGCUUCCUGCAGCAGGAAAUGAUGUCAAAAAUGUCGAUGUGCCAGUUUGCUGUACCUCUCUUGCUCCCCGACUGCAGCACCAGCCAGUGUACAUUGAUGCUGUGGGCCAUGCGAGACAUUGUGAAGAAGUUUAGACCCCGUUCAUUAGCCGACUUGAAAGGGUUUGUAGAAGACAGUAUAGUCAGCACUGCCAUGCCAAUGAUCUCUUUUGUCAGGCUGGGUGACUGCAGUUUAUCAAAGUCUCAGAUUCUGAAUCAGGUUCUCAGCAAUCCCCAGCAGUACCAUGAUGUCUUUAUCCAUCGUAAUAUGGAAUGUGCAAAUGUUACACGGAGAAUUGCAAACGGUCUAGUGGAAAUAGGUUGGUACCUUCCUUGUGGAAAGAACAACUUGGACAUCUUUCCAGAACCUGUAGCUGUUGCCAACCUUCGUGGAGAUCUCCUUUCCUUUCAGAAACAGUUUUCCAUUUUAUGUCAAACAUCCUCGGCAGUCUUCAUAUUUUUAGACAGUAUUGCAGAGAGCGAGUACAAUCUCUUGUCCUCUGCAGGAAAUAUUAAAGCCCAAUUGUUUUUGGUUGCACAUUUUCCAAAGAAUACAGAGAAAAACAUAAACGCUUUGAAAGUCUUAGCAUCAAAUUUAAAAUUAAGUAGAAAUCAGAUCCUAUUGAAGAAACAGCAGAUCAAUGAUGCAGACUUUGUGUCAAAACUGCGCUUAACUAUGAAUAAAAUCAUGGAAAACUGUCAACAAAAAAUGACUAUUGAAGAUGUGUCUGCUGUAGCACAUGAAUUGGGGAUCUCUGUAGAUGAAGACUGCACUGAAUGUCAGAACGCUAAGAGAAAUGCUGCAGAAAUCACAUCUAGCAUCAACGAUGUGGUGCGAUAUAAAGAGGAUCAGCUGCCAUUGCAAGGGAAGCUUUGGAAGGAGCUGGCUAAAAUAGAAAAGGAGCAGUGCAGACUACGGAAGGCAGGAGACCAGCCUAUUGAAAAGUAUAAGAAUAAACUGCAAGAAGAAAUACAGAAACUGAGACAACAACAAAUGAGUUAUGAUUUGUCUGAAGCAAUGCAGUGUUUCAUCUCUGCCAUAUCCACUGAAAGCAAACAAGAACGAUCCUAUUUUCUAAAGUGGAUGAGAAUGAACUUGGAUGUUAAGGCACGAAAAAAGCUUUCUGGUCUUCGUGAAGAAUACAAAGAAAAGAGUUGCAAGUUGUCAGAGAACAAAGACAUAAUUGCAGACCUGGAUCAACAAAUAUCAAACAGCUCUUUAGGAAUUGAGCAUUUCAUGCGUGAAAUGGGGCAGCUUUAUGAAGCUGCAUGCUACCAUACUGACUAUAAGAAAUAUUGUAAGCAGUUUGAACAUCUUCCCAGUUUGGGGGCAGGUCUGUUGUUGGAUGGCUUCCCCCUUGAGCUGGUGGAUGGAGAUGCAUCAAAUAUCCCUGUAAGGUGGGUGACCAAUGUUCUAACAAAGCUCCAUGAGAAAGUCCAACAUAAGAGCAGGGUGCUGGUUGUAACAGUGCUGGGAGUCCAAAGCACUGGAAAGUCUACCCUCCUCAACACAAUGUUUGGGGUUCAGUUUGCAGUUAGCAGUGGUAGAUGCACGAGAGGAGCCUUCAUGCUGUUAAUCAGAGUCAAAGAGGAUCUUAGAGAAGAGCUAAACUGUGAUUUUAUCUUGGUAAUUGACACUGAAGGUCUAAAAUCUCCAGAGUUGGCACAACUAGAAGACAGCUAUGAACAUGACAAUGAGCUUGCAACACUGGUCGUUGGAUUGAGUGAUGUCACCAUAAUAAACAUUGCAAUGGAGAACUCCACAGAGAUGAAGGAUAUCCUACAGAUCGUGGUGCACGCCUUUCUUAGAAUGAAGGAAGUGGGGAAGAAACCAAACUGUCACUUUGUGCACCAGAAUGUGGGGGACGUGUCUGCUCAUGACAAAAACAUGCGGGACAGGAAAAUGCUUUUAGAACAGCUGAAUGAGAUGACACAGGCAGCUUCCAGAAUGGAGAAGAAGGGACCCAACAGAAAAUUCACUGAUAUAAUGGAGUAUGAUGCAGAGAACAAUAACUGGUACAUCCCGGGCCUGUGGCAUGGUAACCCUCCAAUGGCACCAGUGAACACCGGCUACAGUGAGACUGUGUAUGAGUUCAAGAAGAGAUUGAUUGAGCUGUUAAAAAGCUGCAAUGACCAAAAGCCUCCGGCACAAAUUACAGAGUUCUUGGAAUGGGUGGGAAGUUUGUGGAAAGCAGUUAAAUAUGAGAAUUUCAUCUUCAGCUUCAGAAAUAGUCUAGUGGCUGAGGCUUACAGUAAUCUCUGUGUUGAGUUUAAUAACUGGGAAUGGGACUUCCGGAAGGACAUGUAUACCUGGCUAGCAAAUGCUGAGACAAGGAUUUCUAACCUUUGCAGCUCAAACUACGACGACUUUAUGGGCAGUUUAACAGCUGAGGCAUCUUCCGAAUUGGCAAAGCAAGAAAACAAAAUUCAGGAGAAACUGGCUAAUUAUUACAAGAAAAAGAAUGGAAAUGUUCAUCUAGUGGAAAAGCACAGAGAAGGCUUUGUGAACAGCAUUAAAAGUCUUAGGAGAGAAAUUGAAAACUCUGUGAAAA